CAAGUAGAAGUUUGAAAUUCAAUCAAAGUCUACUAAAUUUUAAAAAAAAAUGAAAAACAGCGGAGUUUUUGUUUUUGGCUUUUUAGUCCUCAGUGUAUUGGCCUUGUCCAAUGGUGCCCCUCAAAGUGGCGGUGCUGGUGAAUCUGGAUCUGGAUCUGGUCAAGUUGGUGGUUCCGCUAAUUUUGGAUUUGGUAUGGGUGCAUCUGCUGGCGGUUCAGGUUCGGCUAGUGGAAGCGCUGGUGGUUCCAGUUCCGGUAAAGCUUCAGAUUCCAGCAGCUUGGUGAAGAGGGAUCUAGCGAAUCACGCGCCAAUAGCGCACCAUGUUCAUAGCGCUAGUUGCUUCGGAAGAGGUGGAGGACCACCACCAGGACCGCCACCAAAUGGUAAUGGUACCAGCUCUGGAUAACUGCUCCGCUUAAAAUAUCAUUGGGACCGGUACUAUACUCUAUUGUAACAAUGAAAUAAAUUUUAGAAUACUUCA